GUGUUCGCGGGCAGUGAGGCGGCGGCGCGGCGGUUCCUGCCCAAGAGUCGCAUCUCCACGGUCAUCAUCCGCGACAACGCGAGCGCGCAGCGCCUGCAGGACCUCGAGGUAACCGGCCCCCGGGGCCUCCCCGCUGCCCCGGCCCGGCCCGGCCCCCUGCGCUCAGCGCCCGGCCCCAUUGUCCCAAAGGCGAAGCACUUGGAGCAGCGGAGUAGGAAGACGAGCCACUUCCACGAGCACCUGAGGAAGAAGUUCGUGGGUGAGCAGCAGAGGAAGAUGUCCCGCUGGAGGAGGGAGGCCGACAAGUUUGGGAGGCUGCUGGAGCUGGUGGGGCAGCGGACCAGGAACCUGGCGAGCGCGGCCUCGGCCAGUCUGGCGCUGCGCAGGUCCCAAGCCAGGAGCCGCGACCUCAGCCCCAAGAAAGACGCAGCUGUGAUGUCUGAAAAGUGACCCGGGCUUGGAGCCGUCUUGCUCUUCCCUCUGCUCAGGGCUUUUUCCAACCUACCAGUCAGCCGCCUUGCUAGCAAGGGGGACAGCAAGGGAGUUGAAGCAGUUGCCGGGUAUUACUAGUUAGAGCAAUAAACCAGCACAGGUGUCAGGCUGUUUCUCUGGGUCAUGUUCCCAGCCAGUGAGGUUGGGGUGGAGGCACAGCACCGCCACGGGAUCCUUCAAGGCUGUCCCAGGGUGUGAGGAGAUAAGCGAGAUGUGAGGACGGGCACAGGUAAACGCAGGCUCAGGUUUGUCCCUGCCAGGCCAGUCCCUCUGCAAGGGGGUAAGCACUGUAAUAUAUAAACUAGUUUCUGAAAUUGGGUGCCACUCGAUUCUCAGAAGUUUACGGAGGCUGCCCCCGGUCCAGGAAAGUUGGGAACCGAUAUUCUAAACCAGUAGGGCUAAACCUUUUGGCAGACAUGCCGCAAAUUAGCCCUGCCACCUUCCUGAGUGCCACUCUAGUCCCCUUCACCUUCCUGUUCUGCUUUCUGCUUCUCACUUUAUCUGCUGCCGUACCAUUUGUUCCCUCCCUGAUAUUGCUGCAUGCCACAAAGGCUGCUUAUGGCAUCUGUGCUGCAGGUUGACCACCCUUGCCCUAAACAGAGAGGACUACAGUAGUGAGUGAAGCGUAGGGUGGGAGCAGCACAGCUUGGGACAGAUGUGAGGUAGAAAGAAAACUUUUCAGGAGACAGACUUGCACUUUUCCAGUAGAAACUGACAUUAGUUGGGUGGAACUUUCUAUUUGGUUUGUGCCCCCCAUGGAAAUUUACCCUGAGUCCAAAGAGAACAUGUAGGAGCUCUUCUGAGGACAAACAUUUCUGAGAGUGUCAGGUGCUCAUGAAGGGUGAGUAAGUCCCCUGUGGGGGGAGGAAGGAGGGGAAUAAUUUGUUGAAGGAGGUUGAGAACAAGAGAAAGGAAUGAAGGGCUGUGGAUGAAAAGAUGUCUUUUGCACCUGGGUGCAGUUUAGCAGGGAUGCAGUACUUAUCUCAUUGCUCUGAUUUGAGAUAGUGGGGUAUGUGGUGAUCAGGGCAGAACUACCAGCCCCUAGCCAGAGACUUGAUCCCUGUUUGACAGAACUGGGUUGGUGACUGUAGCGAAGUGGAGAGAGAUUUUCUUCUCACUUGCCUACCUCCUUUAUCUUAUCCUGACAACACAGUGAGAGCACUACCCAUCUUCAGAAUGCCAGUCUGCUCUGCCAGGCCAGAUAGAGUGAAAUGCUCACCACUGGCGACGCGUAGGGGGUGCACACGGAUGCACAUGCAUCCCCUGAGAUUGGCUGUGACCCCCCUGAGAGAAGUGCUGGUGGCACUUGUGCUGGCGGUGGCAAUUGGCUGCUUGGGGACCAAGCACUACAACCCAUUAACCAGAGAGAGGUCAACAAACUAGAGGGGAUUCAAAGAAACACAGAAGAAGGGAGCUGGAGCAGUGGCCUGCAGAUCAGGCUGUGAUGACAAACCCACCUAUUGGGGUGAGGAAGGCUGGGCCUCUUGGACUGGCGUCCUGGUAGUCUGGGGCAAGAAUUUGAAAUCAGGCACAGAAUCCUGACAGGGAUCCUACUGACCAUCUCCUUGGGACAUAUCCAACUUCAUACCAUACCUGAGACCUGCUGCCAGGUGCCACCCACCAGCUUGUAAAUGUUAACCUUGUUUACGCCCCAGACUCCAGCAGGGCCCACUGUGACAUGCUGCAGGGAUCCCGGCAGCUGAACCUAAGUGUUUCCAUAUAGUGUGUAAAUAUUGUCUCCGCUGUUCACUCCUAACACGUGCCCAUUGCUGGCAUCAAUCUGCUUUAAGGACCCCGGUACCUCUGUGCAAUUGAGAGCUGAAAAAUAUAUGAAAAAGCCAU